GUCAGCGCUAACGCGGGUGUCCGACAGCCAGGCACGACCAAAAGACCUAUCUACUCCUGCUCCGUGCUCGUUCAUCCGUUCAAUAGUUUGACACCUCCCUUCCCCGGCACACCUUCAUCACAAACACACAACCCCCGAAAGUCCGACACCAUGUUCAGCGGCCUUGUUGGAGGAUACCGUGACCCCGUGCAAUCAACGCAUGCGCGCCGGAGGUCAUCCUUGAACAGCAACAAGUCAGGCGGCGAUGCUGGCGAGUCCGAGGAAGAGAUGAUUGUUGAUGACAGCGAGAAGAGCAUGUUGAUGGCAAUCAUCUCGCAGUUGCGGCCCGGUGCGGAUCUGAGUAGAAUCACCCUGCCGACAUUCAUUCUAGAACCCAGGAGUAUGCUGGAACGGAUCACGAACUUCAUGCAGCACCCGGAAACCCUGCUGCCGAUGUCGACCAUAGAUGAUCCCGAGCAACGCUUCGUUUCUGUCGUCAAGUUCUACCUGAGCGGAUGGCACAUUAAACCUGCCGGCGUCAAGAAACCCCUAAACCCGAUUCUCGGCGAGCGCUUCACCUGCCACUGGGACUUUGCGGCGGCCCCGGGAACCCAGGCCUUCUACAUUGCCGAACAGACGUCGCACCACCCACCGAAAUCGUCGUACUUUUACAUGGCGCCCCACCACCACAUCCGGAUUGACGGCACGUUGAAGCCGCAGUCGCGCUUCUUGGGAAAUUCUGCCGCGUCAAUGAUGAACACCUCUGUCGUGAUCAUGCGGUUGCUGAACCGCGGCACGUCGGCAGGGAAACAGGGUGGAGGAGAGAAGUACAUCCUGACGCAGCCAAACAUGUAUGUGCGCGGUAUCCUGUUCGGUAAAAUGAAGUACGAGCUUGGGGACCACGCAUAUGUUCGGUGCUCAGAGUUGGAUCUGGUCGCGGAUAUCGAGUUCAAGGUGAAGGGGUUCUUCACCGGCGCGUACAAUGCUAUUGGCGGUUUCAUCAAGCGGGAGAGCACCGGCGAGAACCUGUACGAGAUCACCGGUAGCUGGAACGCGGACAUGUACAUCAAAAACCUGAUGACGGGGAAACGGGAGCCGUUGUUCGACGCUACGCAGACCGCCGCGACACCGCCGACCGUACGACCGAUCGAGAAGCAGGAUGAACGCGAGUCUCAGCGGCUGUGGUAUGAAGUCGUUUCCGCUCUCAAAAGGAGGGACCAAGAUGUUGCCACCGCCGAGAAGUGCAAAAUCGAGGACCGGCAGAGGGAAGAGGCCCGACUCCGUGAGGCGGAUGGCGUCGAAUGGCAGCCCCGGUACUUCCGACCCGUCGAGCCUGGCACCGGUGACGAAGAUGCGUUGGACUUCAUCUUAGCGACACAUAUCAACGAGGAAGCCUCACCCGAGGAACAAAUCAAGCAAAUCUUACAAAUCGCUCCGAUAGUAGAUGGUGAACCGCGGCCCAGCAAGUACGACAUUCCCCCACACCACCCCCACAAUGACGCGCCUCACCAGGCACUACCAAUAGGUAACACCGCUACGGAUACACCGGGAUCGGAGUCGGGACUAAUCGACUUUUCGCCGCAAGUAGUAGGACAAGCACCUGCGUCACUCGGAGGUCCCCAGCUGGUACCGACGGAUAAAGGAAUCGCGCCCGCUGGCCAACCCAAACCUAGGAGUGUCAACAGCGACGAUGAGUUUGUUGACGCGCAGAGUUGAUUGGUUUCUUACCCUUUUUUUUUUC